CCACUACUUCCGGGUUUCGGCAGUCUGGUCCAUAUCCACUCCUCAGUCGCGUUUCCCAACUACUCGCACCCAUUGUACACAAACCAACGAGGAGUUGGCGACUGAGCACAGCAUCGAUCGAGGGCUGCUCCUUUAAGAAAGACUAAGCCUGAAUUAUCACCCCACCUCCUCCUGAUCUCCUUUACAGGGCUUUUGCGUUUUAAAAAAUCAACCCAGGAGCCGAGAGUGAUCAAAAGAAAAACGAGUGAGCUGAAUGUUUUGUGUGCAUUUGACUAUUCACAUUAGGUGUGCUAACCCGUGGAAGCGCGGCGCGGAUCAUCAUUCAUUCCGGGCUACUUUGACAAGCCUCGGCGUUUGAUUGACAGGCGUGGUGGCAAAAAGCCAUGAGACUUCGCUAGUUUUGUUUUGAGGGGUAUUUUCAUACUGUUUUUUGGGAAAAUAAGACUGGGCUUUCUCUCCCUAUGCCACUGCCCUGGGGAUAGCUCAGGCCCUAUUCGCGGUUGCUUUGGACUGAACUUGAGCUGAAGAGGGCUGGUUUGAAUUCAUCGUUGCAUUUCUCUUUGCAAGAAAUACGGAUUCUUGAAAGAUUUCGCAUUUGGAAUUUGCGUUUUUAUUUGUUCUUCACCCUGGCCUCUUAGGGGAUAUAUCCGAAGCGAAAGGAGAGAAGAAGAGAGGGACUAGAGGAGGGAUAUGGCGCAGCGGUACGAAGACUUGCCCCACUACGGGAUGGACGGGGUGGGUAUCCCCACCACCAUGUACGGUGACCCGCACGGUGCCCGCUCAAUGCAGGCCGUCCACCUCAACCACGGCCCCCAGCUACACUCACACCAGUACCCGCACACAGCCCACAGCAACGCCAUGCCGCCUAGCAUGGGCUCGUCCGUCAACGACGCCCUGAAGAGAGAUAAAGACCAGAUAUAUGGGCACCCCCUGUUCCCCCUGCUUGCACUGAUUUUUGAGAAAUGUGAAUUAGCGACUUGCACGCCCAGAGAGCCUGGGGUCGCGGGAGGAGACGUUUGUUCAUCGGAAUCUUUCAAUGAAGAUAUUGCAGUGUUUGCAAAACAGAUUCGGGCAGAAAAGCCGUUAUUUUCAUCGAAUCCAGAACUGGAUAACCUGAUGAUUCAAGCCAUUCAAGUUUUACGGUUUCAUCUUCUGGAGUUGGAAAAGGUACACGAACUAUGUGACAAUUUCUGUCACCGGUACAUCAGCUGUCUGAAAGGAAAGAUGCCCAUCGACUUGGUGAUCGACGACAGAGAGGGCGGAUCAAAAUCUGACAACGAGGAAAUAACAAGAUCAUCCGGGCCUCUUGAUCAGGUAAUGUCACAUCUCUCUCUGUCUCUCUCUGUCUCUCUCUCUCUCUCUCUCUCUCUCUCAGUGUGGUGUCUUCUGGGUCACUUCUCCGCGAGACGCUGUUAUUUGCAUACGAUUAAGACCGUUUUAGAUUCCAUCGGAAUGAAAAUUUCUCUGUAUAAUGUAUCCAUUAUUGGCCCAUUAAGGUUUGAUCCGGGAACCGACCCGGGGGAGAUUAGCCCGAGAAAGCAUCGCCAUAAACUUGACCUGCUUCUUGUCCAUUUUAAUUUAGCCAUCUUUCCCUUUUCUUAUUUUCCUCCUCCUCUCCACCACCUCUGUCUUCUAUUUUUUAAUCAAAACGAAACGUCAUCAGUGCAUUUGUAUUACCACGCAGCUACUGUGGAGAGGCCAAACGCAUAGUUUGAUAUCUCACCG